AUGCCCGGCGGGUCUUCAGGCGCAGAUGGUGAAGUGGAUGCAGGAUUUGCGAAGCUCCAGGGAGAGGAUUUCGAGUACUACAUGCAGACAUACUCCAUCAUGCUGGGACGCAACAGCAAGAAAUCGACAGUGGAUGUGGAUCUCUCGAGCCUCGGUGGGGGUAUGAACAUCUCCCGCCACCACGCUCGGAUAUUCUACGACUUCCAGCGCCGCAGGUUCGCGCUCGAUGUCAUUGGCAAGAACGGGUGCCUUGUCGAGGGUGUCCUGCACCUUCCAGGAAAUCCCCCUGUGAAGCUUGAUUCUCAGGAUCUGCUGCAGAUUGGGGACAAGAAGUUCUACUUCCUACUCCCAACGCGGUCCAUCUUCGCCUCAGCUGCUUCUGCUCGGCAUGCUCCUAUUAUUCCACCGCAGCUUCCUCCACCAUCGUAUGCACAUGCACGGCCAGGCCGCCCUCGUUUGUCAGAGUUUCAUGAUCGCUCCUUUGAAGACGAUUAUGGUCGAGAGGUUGAUGAGAUUGGGAAUGGUAUCAAUGAAACUGUGAUGAGGGGAAAGCUGAUAAAGAGAAACAAGAAGUCUUCUGUAGACUUGGAUAUCUAUGGUGGGCAUAGAAUCAAUGUGGAACCAAUAGGAACACUAGGUGAAGACAGUAGAACAGAAAUAAGAUCAAGGGGUGACAGGGAUAUUGACAACCAACAAGCCCUUCAAGCAGAAGAGAAGGAUGUUGUGUCAUCUGUUGCCACAGUGUUAUCUGACCUCUGCGGCCCUGGAGAAUGGAUGCCCAUGGCAAAACUCCAUACAGAGCUUCUUGAUCAGUUUGGCAACGUGUGGCACCCCAGCAGGGUCCGAAAGUACUUAACACAAGACGACUGGUCACCAACGGAGACGAAGGGCAGGCCUUGGUUUGGCAUUCUGGCGCUGCUCAGAAAGUACCCAGAGCAUUUUGUCAUCAACACAAGGUCAAAAGGCAGAAUGACCUCGGAGUUCGUUUCGUUGGUCUCCUUGCUCUCCUAG